AAAACAAAAAUCCUCCUUCAAAUAUAAACCCUAAUCGUAUUGUUGAGACUGCGUCUGUUUCUUUUUUGCUUUCUCUCAGCCGUCAGCACCAAUGGGGAAGCACUACAGACCCGCCGGGAAGAAAAAAGAGGGAAAUGCUGCAAAAUAUGUCACCAGGACACAAGCAAUCAGAUUGCUUCAAAUCAGUUUACCACUUUUCAGGAAAUUGUGCAUUUUGAAAGGUAUAACUCCCCGGGAGCCUAAGAAAAAGUUCAAGGGAAAUGAUAAAACUUACUACCAUGUGAAGGAUAUUGCCUUUCUUCAUCAUGAGCCUUUGCUGGAAAUGCAUAGAGCUAUAAGAGUACAUGAGAGAAAAAUUAAGAAAGCAGAGGCGAAGAAAAAUGUUGAACGUGCAAACAGGUUACGGGAGAAAACACCCAAACCCAAGAUAGAUAGAAUAAUUCGACAGAGGUACCCAAGAUUUGUGGAUGCACUUGGAGAAUUGGAUGACUGCCUUACAAUGGUACAUCUUUUUGCAACAGUACCUGCAACUAAGGAGAAAAAAAUUGAUGUAGAUCUUAUUCACAAAUGUCGAAAGUAUGUACUUUGGGGGAAUGUAUUUUAUAUUAAUAUUAACAUCUCAUUGGCAUUUUCAUGCAUUUUCUUAUUUUUUUUUAAAAAGUGCAAGGUUUCACGCUGUAAUAAUAUUCAUCUCAUUUAUUAUUGUUUGAUUUUGUAUUCUAGAUUGGCGCAUGAAUGGCAAGCAUUCAUUGCUCGUACUCACAGGUUAAGAAAAACAUUUGUAUCUGUUAAAGGCAUAUACUACCAGGCUGAAGUUGAGGGUCAGACAAUAACAUGGUUAACUCCUCAUGCACUGCAGCAGGUUGUGCCUGAUGACGUUGACAUCCCUACAAUGCUAAACUUUCUGCAAAUAUACCAGCCUCUUCUCGGUUUUGUCAAUUUCCACCUUUAUCAUUCCAUAAAUUUGAAGUAUCCUCCCUUGCUUGAUCCCGAGUUGGAGGCUGAAGCAGCAGAAGUAUAUGGACUGAUAAGAUACGCCCAAUCAAACAACAAACCCACUAUACUUGAAACUUCUGAAUUAGUUGAAUCUGAACAACUAGAGUCCAAGCAAGAUGGGCCAGAGAUCCAAAACAAAAAAUCUGAACUCAGACUUGCUCAACUUCAGCAUCAACUUCCAUCUAAUGAACCCGGUGCACUAAUGCACCUUGUUGAGAAAGCUGCAGGUGAAGAUGGAGAGGAAUAUGAUGACGAGACAAAACAAUGCAAAAAUCUCUUUCAAAAUGUCAAAAUCUUCUUGAGCAGGGAGGUACCAAGGGAAUCAUUGCAUUUUGUUAUUCCUGCUUUUGGUGGUAUGGUUUCAUGGGAGGGAGAAAAGGCUCCUUUUGCAGAAACUGACCAGAGCAUUACUCAUCAGAUCGUUGAUCGGGAAGCACAAGGACACAGGUUCCUCUCAAGAGAAUAUGUUCAACCACAAUGGGUAUUUGACUGUGUCAAUGCACGAAUAAUUUUGCCAACAGAAAAUUAUAUGGUGGGAAGGAUUCCUCCACCACACUUGUCACCUUUCGUUGACUAUGGCGAAGAAGGGUCAUAUGUUCCAGAUUAUGCAAAGACCAUUAAACACUUGCAAGCUGCUGCUAGAAAGGAAGUCCUUCCUCUUCCAGGUGUUGAAAAAGAUCUGGAAGAUCCUCAAAAUCUUUUGGCGGAGGGUAUCAUUGAUCGAGCAGCUGCUAAUCAAGCGGCUAAGGAAAAGCAGAAGUUGAUGAUUCUGGAGAAGCAAUACCAUGAGGAUUUGAAGAAAGAACUUCAGGGUGAUACAUACACUUCAGCAGGUUCCACUGAAGUGAUCCAGACUGGUGAAUCAUUGAACAAUGGUCAAGCAAACAUUGAUGAUGUUGAUAUGGCUGAACUUGUGAUGCCAAAUAAGAAGAGAAAGCUAUUAAAAGCCAUGGAGAUAUCUAAUCAGCGCAAGCAAAGUAAAAAUGAUACUAUUAUUCGACGGAAAAAGAAACUAGAUGAAGCUCAGAAUCAAAGGAGCUGAAGGAUUCUGCAUCCUCAAGGAUUCUAGCUAUGUCAUCAUUCUGCGUUAUAGGUGCUAGCUGAUUUGAAAAGCUAGUUUUCUUUUGUGGUCGUUUGCAACUAUAACUUAUUUUAGUCUUUGUUCUUUCAGUUUUGUAAUAGAUACACAAAGGACCAAAGCAAAUUUUGAUUUACUUUCAAGUUUUAAAGUUUGUCACACAUCUUGAAAAGGGCAAAAUUGUCAUGAGAUCUAGUGAAAACAUUAUGCUAA